AUAAAUAGUGCCCACUGCCGCUUCCGGAUUUCCUCAGAUUCAGAGUGUUGAGAAGCUAGACAAAUUUCUAAUUCACAGAGAUAAAAACCAUACGGUUGCCAAUAUAAAGUCAUACUAGAUAGUAUUCCCGUACUAUAUGUAUGAAGAACCAUUGAAGGUCAUAAGAAGUUACCAGUCUUGACCUCGGACCACCGAAAAGCCGUAAUAUAGAAAACAAAGUAAUCGCUAAACACAUAAAAGUAACAACCAUCUAAAAGAGUACAACUUCCAAGUUAUUACUAUCAUUUACUCCACUAUUAGUACAUAGAAUCAUACUGUCAUGACCAUCAGAUCGUUUGAAGUCAAAGUUCCAGCAUCGUCUGCCAAUAUCGGCCCAGGAUUUGACGUUCUUGGGGUCGGACUCCAGUUGUACUUGCAAAUCAAAGUCACUAUUGAUUCGUCCAAGGAUACCAGCCAUGACCCAUACCACGUCAAGUUGAGUUACGAGGGAGAUUUGGCUGAAAAAGUGCCACUCACCUCCGACAAGAACUUGAUCACCCAGACUGCUCUAUACAUUUUGCGAGUAAAUGGUAUGGACUCGUUCCCUCAGGGUACCCAUAUCCAUGUGAUCAACCCUGUUCCAUUGGGUAGAGGAUUGGGUUCGUCAGCUUCUGCUAUUGUUGGAGGCAUUGUUUUAGGUAACGAGAUCGGAGAGUUCAAGUUUUCUAAGACCAGAUUGAUGGAUUACUGUUUGAUGAUCGAAAGACAUCCAGACAACAUUGCUGCUGCUAUGUUGGGUGGGUUUGUGGGCUCGUACUUGCAUGACUUAUCGCCAGAAGACAUGGCUGCGAAAAACGUUCCCUUGGACUACAUCUUGCCCAAGCCAGACACUCCUAAAGAAAAAAUCGUGUCAUCGCAACCACCCACCAAUAUCGGCGAGUACUUGCAAUACAAUUGGUGCCACAAAAUUAAGUGUGUUGCAAUCGUGCCGAACUUUGAAGUUUCGACUGACUCCUCCAGAGCCGUAUUGCCAGAAAAGUACGAUAGACAAGACAUUGUCUUCAACUUGCAAAGAUUAGCCAUUUUGACGAAUGCUUUGACACAGGAAACACCAAACAACAAGCUUAUCUAUGAGUCCAUGAAAGACAAGAUCCACCAGCCAUACAGAUCGGGGUUGAUUCCUGGUUUGCAGAAGGUAUUGGCUUCUGUGACUCCCGAUACCCACCCUGGAUUGUGUGGUAUCUGUUUGUCUGGAGCUGGACCUACUAUCUUGUGUUUGGCUACCGGAGGUUACGACGCCAUUGCUGAGACGGUCAUAGGAAUCUUCAACAAGGCUGGCGUAGAAUGCAGCUGGAAGUUGUUAGAAUUGGCUUACGACGGUGCCACUGUUGAAAUAAAGUAAUAGAUAUAAAUAGACCUUGUAUAAUCAAAAGUUAUUGCUUU